AUGCGUACCAUCCAGUCCAUCCUCCUUUUCCUCGCAUUCUUUGCUACGACUAUACUUGCGGACUACUAUGCCCGCGACGACUCCGACAUAGGUCUGGCUGCCAGGGAUGUGUGGGAUAAUGACGGGCUGUUUGCCCGCGAGGACGAUCUGUACGCUCGCGACUGGGAGGAGCACAAGAGCCAUCCCCUUGUCCGCGAGUUAGUGAAUCUACUGGCUGCGCGUGGAAGAACUUGCUACAACAACAACGAGAAGCUUACAGCAGCAGUCAAAAAAUGUGAACCCGCCGACUCCGUGGGGAUACUCGCUGCACACCAAUGCGCUAAUCGUGGCGGGAAGUACUAUUAUUGCCACGACUCGACCGGAGAGGGAUGCAUGAAGGUCAAGACGGCGAUAGGUCUAGAACACGGGGAAUGCUUCGUGUGA